ACCCAACCGUCUGCAAGAAGUAUUUCCUUUUUCGUUCAGGUCAAGCUAAGAUGAAAGUCUUUUAAUCUUUUACGUAGGUUUCACAGAGUGAUUAAAUGUCCGCAUUGUUCGAAGCAUUUAAUUAAUUGCAGUUCUGUGACGUUAAAGAAGGAAAACAUACCAAUCACCAUAACAAACAGGAAUGUGGUCGUUGUUUAGCCUGAGACCAGCGCUGACACACGUGUCCCAGCUGGCCUCAGCCUGGACCAGCCCCCUCCUCUGCAGAACCAUGGCCACCCUCAACCAGAUGCACCGGCAGGGCAAACCCAAACCUAUGCCCAAGUCCUUGGGCGCCACAUUUGGUCGUCCCCAACUCAAAGCUGUGGUCUUGAAGACCAUGAUCCGCAAGCCCAAGAAGCCCAACUCUGCUAACAGGAAAUGUGCCAGGGUGCGGCUGUCCAACGGAAAGGAGGCGGUGGUGUUCAUUCCUGGCGAGGGACACAACCUGCAGGAGCAUAAUGUGGUGCUGGUGCAGGGGGGACGGACGCAGGACCUGCCUGGUGUCAAGCUCACUGUGGUGCGGGGCAAGUACGACUGUGCGCACGUGGUGAAGAAGAAGCAGUAGGUGAGGAGCUUGUGGCUCCAGCUUCAUGGGGGCACCUGAACUGUUCUCUGGGAGAGACGCCUUUAAAGACAUGUUCCCUUAUUUCACAGCAAAGAUGCUGGAUUACUGCUGAAACAUCACACGCAGAGAACGGAGUUCUGUCAUGUUUUGUUGUUUUAAAUAAAGAGAUGUCUUCAUGUGUGUGUAUAAAAA